AUGGGAAAUGGCUCGAUGAAGCUGAACCCUCUAAAGCAGGUCAGUGGAUCGGCCAAAUCCAAAAACAAUGGAGAAUCAAGCUUGGUCCCUCAAGUCCUCAGAGUACGUGUGGAAGAAUUAGAGACUCAUCUGAAGAAGAAGGAUGAAGACCUGAAUGCCAAAGAGCUUCAGAUCAAGCAUCUGGAGGAGCAGCUGGCCCAGCAGAAGCAGACCCUCUCUGAGAUCUCUGACACGUUAAGGAGCAAGUGUCUCCAGCUCAACAAGCUUCAGGACGCUCUGAAGAGUCAAGGGGAGCUGGGCCUCCUGCCCUCACCCCUCAAGGAGAAAGUCAGUCAAGGUCUCACAGGCCUGCUCAGAGAAACACUCAACAGGAGAAAAGGAGCAAAAGCUGGAGUAUCAGCAGAGCCUUCAUCCAGAACGUAUGAUUCCAGUGGGAUUCCAAAGUUCUACUUCGAGAGCGCACGAGUCUGGAAAGAGCAGAGUGUAAAGAAGCUCCUGACAGAUGCUCUGAAUAAGAACCAGUAUCUGAGGAGACUGGAAGUGCAGCAGGUCAAAGACAUGGUCGAAUGUAUGUAUGAACGGACCUACCAGCAGGGAGAGUAUGUCAUCAAACAAGGAGAGCCUGGAAACCACUUGUUUGUGCUUGCAGAUGGCAAGCUGGACGUCUAUCAGCACAACAAACUGCUCACAUCAAUAGCAGUCUGGACCACGUUUGGUGAACUGGCCAUCUUGUACAAUUGCACCAGGACUGCAUCAGUCAAAGCGGCCAGCAAUGUGAAGACAUGGGCUCUGGAUCGAGAAGUCUUCCACAACAUCAUGCGCAUGACUGCCGAGGCUCGACACGAGCAAUACCGCAACUUCCUGAGAAGUGUUUCACUUCUUGCCAGUCUUCCUGGGGACAAGCUAACAAAGAUUGUGGACUGCUUAGAGGAGUAUUAUAAUAAAGGAGAUUACAUCAUCCGGGAGGGAGAGGAAGGAAACACCUUUUAUAUAAUUGCCAAUGGAAAGAUUAAAGUCACACAGAGCACACAGGAUCAUGAAGAGCCUCAGAUCAUCAACACCUUGGGGAAGGGGGAUUAUUUCGGAGAGAAGGCCCUCAUCAGUGAUGAUGUGAGAUCUGCAAAUAUAAUCGCAGAAGAGGAUGGUGUGGAGUGCCUUGUGAUCGAUCGAGAAACUUUCAGUCAGACUGUUGGAACUUUUGACGAGCUUAAGAAGUAUCUUCAGAGCUAUGUCGAUAGUUUGGCACGAGAUGAUAAGAAAAGAAAUGCUAAGAGGUCAGGAAGCUGCACUCCACCCAACACACCAGUGUCACAUGACAUGAUCGAGCUAAAGGAGAGAGAGAGCAGCUUUGCAUCCACUAUACCCUUCACCUGCCUUGAGGCUAUUGCCACUCUGGGAGUCGGAGGCUUUGGCAGAGUUGAACUGGUGAAACUGAAGAAUGAAAAUGUGACAUUUGCUCUAAAAUGCAUCAAGAAACGGCACAUUGUGGAUAACAGACAAGAAGAGCACAUUUACUCUGAGAGGAGGAUCUUGCUGGAGACAAACUGUCCUUUCAUUGUGAAAAUGUAUCGCACAUACAAAGACAACAAGUAUGUGUACAUGCUGCUGGAGGCCUGUCUGGGUGGAGAGAUUUGGAGUCUUCUGAGGGACAGGGGGAGUUUUGAAGAGUACACUGCAAAGUUCUGCGUGGGCUGUGUAACAGAGGCUUUUGACUAUCUGCAUAAUAAUGGCAUCAUAUACAGAGACCUAAAGCCUGAGAAUCUGAUGCUGGACACAGAUGGAUACGUCAAGUUGGUGGAUUUUGGCUUUGCCAAGAAGCUGAAGUGUGGCCAGAGGACAUGGACAUUCUGUGGGACUCCAGAGUAUGUGGCGCCUGAGAUCAUCCUCAAUAAAGGCCACGGGCUUAGUGUCGACUUCUGGUCUUUAGGAAUCCUGAUAUUUGAACUUCUUACUGGAAGCCCGCCUUUUACUGGCUCAGAUCAGAUGAUUAUAUAUACAUUCAUUCUGAAAGGAAUUGAGAAGAUGGACUUCCCGAAAAAGAUCACCAAGAGGCCAGGUGACCUUAUUCGAAAGCUGUGCAGACAAAACCCUUCAGAGCGACUGGGCAACCUGAAGAAUGGAAUAACUGAUAUUAAAAAGCACAGAUGGUUUACAGGUUUUAGCUGGAGUGGUCUGAAAGCCCGAAAUCUGAUAUCACCACUUAAAAGAGAGGUGAAGGGACCCACUGACCACAGUUACUUUGAUAGUUAUCCUCCUGAAGAAGAAAUCCCUCCAGAUGAAAUGUCAGGCUGGGACACAGACUUCUAA